CAGAGGUUGUAGAUUCCUCUACCACAGCGGAUGUGGACGUGGACACUGCCGGCCAUCCUGUGUCACUUGGAAAGAAGGGCCCAAAGUCUCGCAUUCCUCCGCUGUUUGCUAGGAAGGCAGGCCAUGUCAUUUUUUGCGGGCAAGAGAAGGUUCUGGUUGACGAGACGUCACUGGGGAAUGGAGUGUUCAUUGUCUAGGUACGAUUUCACUUGCUAACGAGAUCUUUAUGGUUCAGAGCAGUUCUGCCUGACUAUAUGCGCGUUGAGUGUAUUUGUAUUAAAUUUAUGUAUUACUCAACUUUACGUACCUGUCAUCGUAUCAUCCACCAUUAAGCGCCCUAUACUAACACCACGAUGAAGGUUGUCAUUGUUGGCGGUGGUAUUGGCGGUCUCGCUGCCUACCACGCCCUGCACACAUACCUACCCUCUAAUGUCUCCAUCAAAGUCUACGAGUUGUACCAGACCCCGAACACAGCAACAUCCGGUAUCGGUGGUGGUAUUGGCAUCGUCCCUAACGGUCUUCGCGCUCUCAAUGCCAUCUCACCUGCCUCCGUGCUUUAUCUGUGGGCGCACGGUAACGUAUGUCCCUAUUUCGUUGUUCGAAAUCAAAACGGAACUACUCUAGGUCGGCUUGGAGGUCUGCAUGAUAGGAUUCUGCUCCCUAGGGCAUCAGUGCAUGAGAGUUUGCUGUUGGGCAUGGCGAACGGCGUUACAGAAUGGGGGCGAAAGGUGGUGGAGGUGAAAGAGACAGCGGACGCUGCGCAAGUCGUCUUUGAAGACGGCACGGUAGAGACAUGCGACCUUAUCAUCGGCGCCGAUGGUGUCAAGAGUAUAUGCAGACAGGCGCUCUUUGGCAAAGAUGCCUAUCAAGCGCAGUACGACGGCUUAACUGGUGUCGGCGGCUUUGCUCCCUUUUCCUCACUCACGCCCGCCCUCCAAAACGGCAUAAAGGCCGACCAGGCCGCCAUGACGUUCAGCCGUAACGGUUUCUUUGGCUAUGCUCUUUCCCUGCCUUUAAGCACCCCCGUCAGCGAACAACAAGUGAUGUUCUGGUCUACGUACGCGACCGAUACACCGCCGUCUCGUGAUCUGCCUUCAGAAGAGAUACGUGCCAUCCUUAUGGAAAAACACGAUUCGUGGAAGUCUCCUUUCGCCGGUGCAUUCCGUCAGAUUAUAGAUGCUGCAUACCGACCCACUAUCACCGAUUCACGCUUCACCAAAUGGCUCGUCUUACCUCGCUAUGAAAUUUCGCCCUUACCAUAUUGGUCGUCCCUCCAUGGCACGGUGCUGGGUCCAGCAAAGGGUGCUGCAAGGAUCAUCCUUGUGGGUGACGCCGCUCAUGCGGCCGCACCUGAUUCUGGGCAGGGCGCGUCAAUGGCAUUUGAAGAUGCACAAAUGCUUGGUCUGCUACUCCGUCAUUACCUGCCCGACUCAGAUCCACUUCCGAAAGUGGCCAAAGCGUAUGAGGAUAUGAGGAUUCCCCGUGUCGGAAGAAUCCUCAGGAUAGGAAGACGCCAGGCAGAGGGAAAGCGCGAGAUUAGCUGGUUUAAGGCGGCGGUUAGGGAUUUAGUGCUUUGGAUUAUGUGUCAUUUGCCACUUCGUGUUAUGCUAUGGCUAAAUCCAACUCAUUUGUAUGAUGUUGAAAAGGAGGUUGCAAAAUACCUCGCCGCUGUGGCACGAUGAAUGCCACGGGUGGUUGGAUGGAAUGCUGUAACAUUAUUCUGUACGAUAAUAUAUCCAAUCCUUCACAAGAUUCAAACUGAUCGACAUUAAUUGACUCCACCAUAAAACCAUGCUUCGUUCUUUGAUACGAGCAAGAAUGCC